UGGACCAUACUUUGGUUCGCCCGUUCAUCUGUGGAUGGGCAUCCGGGUGACUUCCACCUCUUGGCUCUGGUGAACGGUGCUGCUGUGAACAUGGGUUGACAAGUAUCUGAGUUCCUGCUUUCCAUUCUUCUGGGUGCGGCUCUCGACGGAUCGAUGCAAGCCAAACGAUGACCAGUUGUGGCCAGCAGUCCUUGAACGUGCUCACCCUCCUCUCGCUGCUGAUUUCCGCAGUCUUGUCCGCGCACUUCCGGGUCUGUGAGCCGUACACGGACCACAAAGGCCGCUACCACUUUGGCUUCCACUGCCCCCGGCUCUCUGACAACAAAACCUUCAUCCUCUGCUGUCACCAUAACAACACAGUUUUCAAAUACUGCUGCAACGAGACCGAGUUCCAGGCGGUGAUGCAGGCGAACCUCACGGCCGGCUCCGAGGGCUACAUGCACAACAACUACACCGCCUUGUUGGGCGUGUGGAUCUAUGGCUUUUUCGUGCUGAUACUGCUGGUCCUGGAUCUUUUGUAUUACUCGGCGAUGAACUACGACAUUUGCAAGGUUUACCUGGCACGGUGGGGCAUCCAUGGACGGUGGAUGAAACAGGACCCCCGGCGGUGGGGGAACCCUGCCCGGGCCUCCCGGCCGGCGCAGCCAACCCCGCAGCCCCAGCCUCCCCCGGGUCCCCUGCCGCAAGCCCCCCAGGCUGUGCACACACUGCAGGGAGAAACCCACAGCCCACCGCUGGUGACCUUCCAGAGUUCAUCUGCCUGAAAACCCUUUCGUCGUGCCUCAGGAUGGGGGAGGUGAGACCCGAAGCACCCGGUGCCGCCUCCAAGAAGAACAACGUCAACAGAGACGCCAGGGAGAGCCGAGGUGGCCGCGGUGGUGGCAGAGAAGGAAAUGCCACCUGUGCCCAAAACCCCCUUCUGCAGACUUCUAAGAUCAGGAGCAAACUCAGGGGCAGGGGUCUGGAGUGCAGGGGAGGGGAUUCUGAGCCACCCGUCCGCAAGCAAUAGUCCCAUUUUGGGCUGGUGGCUUCUGAGAGGUGACACCAUUUUGGACUCGAGAUGACCAACACAAAGCUGCUCCGGCCGAUUCAAGCUGGAAGGAGUUAGGUCUCUGCGUCGUGUCCGUUCCCUUGCCUCUGUUUCCUCCAAUAGUGGCUGUGGGCCUCUCUGUGUCAGAAUAUUGAGUGUGAGUGUGUGUGUGUGUGUGUGUGUGUGUGUGUGUGUGCGCGCGCGCGCGCACAUGUGUGAUUUGGGUGUUCUUUUGUUUGUUUGGUUGGUUGGUUUUUAUUCCCUGAUGGGCACAUGUCACGUUGUGGUGGGGGUCCUCGCCAGCGUCCUGGGUUCAGCUUUUUGCUGUAGCUGGCAGCUGGGAACCAGAUGGAGUCGGGGAGCGCCGAUCCCAGCCCUGCUGUGUCUCUGGGGACGCUGGGGAUUUGAAAAUGCCAGGAAGAGUUUGUUCUUGUGGAUGUCAUUCCCAUAGCAACAGUAAUGAUAAGGGUGGUGUCUUGGGCCAUCCACGGGGCGGGCACUAGUUUGGGUGUCUUUAUGCACAUCCUCUCUCACCACCUGGGAGGAGGUGUGAUGAGCCCCCUGCAGGAACCGAUCAGAGUGGGUAUA